AUUUUCCAUAUUUAUCUGUAACAAUCAUCCUUACGUGUGAUCUAAACAUUUUUCUUCAUAAAAUCAAAAUCAUAUUAUACAAUAAUUUAUAUAUACAUAUAUGUAAGCCUUAUCCUAAUAAGUAAAUAGUUCAUACAAUUAAAGAAAAGAACAUGUGAUUUCUUUCCCUAUUUAAUGUUGUCAUUUUUGAAUAGUUUAAUGCUGACUUUGACUAAAUUCCCAUUACUAUGUUUUAUCAUCAAUGUGGCUUCAUUACAUCAUUUCAGAAAACAAAAAACAAAAAUGAAUGCUUUAGUAGCAACCAAUAGGAAUUUCAAGCUAGCUGCAAGGCUUCUGGGGUUAGAUUCAAAACUUGAGAAGAGUUUACUCAUACCCUUUAGAGAAAUCAAGGUUGAGUGUACCAUACCUAAAGAUGAUGGUACUUUGGCCUCAUUUGUUGGUUUCAGGGUACAACAUGACAAUGCCAGAGGCCCCAUGAAAGGAGGAAUAAGAUAUCAUCCAGAGGUUGACCCAGAUGAAGUCAAUGCUUUAGCUCAGCUAAUGACUUGGAAAACAGCAGUGGCUAAUAUACCAUAUGGUGGUGCUAAAGGAGGAAUAGGAUGUAAUCCAGGGGACUUGAGUUUAUCUGAAUUGGAAAGACUUACCAGAGUUUUCACUCAGAAAAUACAUGAUCUGAUCGGUAUUCACACCGAUGUUCCUGCCCCGGAUAUGGGGACAGGUCCACAGACUAUGGCUUGGAUUUUGGAUGAAUACUCAAAAUUUCAUGGACAUUCUCCUGCUGUUGUGACUGGAAAACCUAUUGAUCUUGGUGGAUCUCUUGGAAGAGAUGCAGCUACUGGAAGAGGAGUACUAUUCGCGACAGAGGCUUUGCUUAACGAGCAUGGGAAAAGCAUAGCCGGGCAGCGUUAUGUUAUACAGGGUUUUGGCAAUGUUGGUUCCUGGGCAGCCGAGUUGAUCCAUGAGAGCGGUGGCAAGAUUGUGGCGGUAAGUGAUAUCAGUGGAGCUAUAAAGAACAGCAAAGGACUUGAUGUUCCAAACCUGCUCAAACAUGUGAAAGAAAACAAAGGUGUUAAGGGAUUCAGUGGUGGUGAUUCAAUAGAACCGAGCUCGAUAUUGGUUGAAGACUGUGACAUUCUCAUCCCUGCUGCUCUUGGGGGUGUUAUAAACAGGGAAAAUGCAAAUGAGAUCAAAGCCAAAUUCAUUAUUGAAGCUGCUAACCAUCCUACUGACCCUGACGCCGACGAAAUCUUGUCUAAGAAAGGAGUGGUGAUUCUUCCUGAUAUAUAUGCAAACUCAGGAGGUGUUACUGUUAGUUACUUUGAAUGGGUGCAGAACAUCCAAGGUUUUAUGUGGGAUGAAGAAAAAGUGAACAAGGAGCUGAAAACUUACAUGACAAGAGGAUUUAAAGAUGUGAAGGAAAUGUGUGAAACCCACAAUUGUGAUCUUCGAAUGGGAGCCUUCACCCUUGCAGUUAACCGCGUCGCACGAGCAACCGUCCUCAGGGGAUGGGAGGCCUGAGCUGAUACCUACUUUCAAUAAAAGAUGAGAACUUUUUACAAGUUCUUCUCAUUCUCUUCUAAUGAUUUAUUAGGCUUUUACUCAUUUGGUUGGACAAACUUGAACCAAAAGUUCACAUUUUUUUUUUCCUCUUCUAUUGGUGUUGGCAUUAAUUACAUUAGAGAAAGAGAAACGAAAACAAUUUAAAUCAAUUCUAAAGGCAUACAAGGGAAUGUUGGUAUAGCCUUAUGUUGAUUUGAGAUUGUAUUGCCUUAUAGUUCCACCAUAUUAUGAUUAAGCAUCAUAUAUGUGAUGAAAUAAAUAAGAUUGUUAUCUCAUUUAUAAA